AUGCGGAAAGUCGCAGCCACGAGCUCCCGCACGCUACAUCUAGCCGAGCUACUUAAGCGAGUGGCGGUCAAGCGAACAGCAUGGACGUCAGACCAUACGGAUAUGGUGCUACAAGACAUUACCAAGCAAGACCCUCUGCAAGAAGCUCGCGAGGCUGCUCACAGCCCGACCCCAGCCCAGCUCGAAACUCGGCAUCCUGCUGCGCGCCGAAGACCCGAGCCGCGCCUCGUCUGGUGCCGUGCCCGAGAGUCAGGCCGCUGCAGCAGGGGACCAACACCGCCGCAUCACACGACGCGCCGGUCGUGGAACCGCUGCUGGGAGAUCCUCACGCGGCAGAGAGGUUCAAGAUUUCCAAUAACGAGGUCCGGGGUAGGCGCUCGAGAAGACGAUUUGCCUGUACGCCCGCGACAACUGGCCGAACGAUGGCUCGAAGCCGAAGCAGGCUGCGCUGGCGCUGACGGAUUGGGAGCUGCCGUACGACUGGAGCCGAAUUAUCCUGAUCAUGAGCCACGCGGAGGUCGUGGGGAGGAACCUACAGCCACCCCCGAAAUCCAGAACUUUGCUCACCAUGACGUGACCCUGGGAGACUUGAGGACGGCGGUCGAUUACCUGUCUCGCUACGGCAUGGUCACCCAGCGGGGAACGGAAAACUCGAGCCUCAAUAUAACUCAGGCCGAUAAGAAGGCACCCAAGUCGAAAUUGCAGAAGAUGAUGGAGAAGAUGAUGGCGUCUCAGGCCGAAGAGGUCAAGAAAACAAAAUUCAAAGGCGUAUUGAUCAGGUGUGCAGGCAAGAUUAGCCUCCUUAUCAAGCAAUCCAAGAAAGCGGAGAGAUAUGGCGCAGUUGAAAUGGCCAAAGAUCACCCACCAAUCCGCAACCUCCCUCAACCUCACCUCGACCCCAAGAUCGACGCUGAAUGGGGCUUCCCACCUCCCACAUGGCAGUCCCAAAUCGGGAGCGUUCUUCUCGUCAGGCAGGAUGGCAAAGAGCUCACUUGCAAGCAGGCACGGGCCUUGGCUGAGUACAUGCAACAUCACGUUCCCGAUUCUUUCGAGGAAGCCCUGGAAUCAGAAGAGGAGAAGCAGAGGCGCUCGCAGGUGCUGAAGACGCUGAACUGGACGGCCUUUGACUCUUUCUGGACGGCUUCAAGGCCGGGACAAAACCACACGGGGAAAUCGGUUUACACCACGCCACCGCAAACCCCACCCACUGCGCAUUCCCACGACCCGAUUGCAAACCCAGACGACCUAGAGGGUAUAGAGGAAGAAGAAGCGACAGACGAUGACAAGAGACAGUCAAUUAAUGCCAUUAUCGCACUUGGCGAUAAAGAAACAAAUGGCGCGAUCGACUCUGACCGACAAUUUCCACCAGAGAUUCCUGCAAGACCUGGCGGCAGGGAGUUUCCCAUCUUUCCUGCAGUAAAGAAAGAGCCGCCUCAGCUCCCGGCGAGAGCACCGGAAGUGCUUCCCAUUCAUCCUCCGAGACCAAUACCCGACUUGCCACCAAGAGCUGCGCCCGCUAGUCCAGUGAUUCCGAGCCCGGCAGUCCCUCCUCGAAGAAUCCCGAAUGUCGAUGAGCCCAACAACCACUCUUCAUUGAAAUACUCCCGGGACCCUGAGAGAAUGAUUGCGUAUCUGAUUCCUCUCCCAAAGCCUAAGUACAGCGAAAAGGAGGAUGAGAUGCCCGAGCGUUUCUUGGUGUAUACACCACCUCAGCCACACUUUUUGAAGCCUGCAGAAGGUGUGAAGGAGCCAAAAAAGCAGCGUGGUAAGAGGAAAUUGCAAGAAGAGGUGCAGAAAGCAGAGAAGUAUGACGGCAAGACAAUGUCGUGGCGAGGCUUGCACAGCAAGACGACGAAAGGGGCCGCAUCCAAAACAAAGGCGAGUGAAGCUGUCUUUCUCGAAACAUGCAAAACUAAUGUGCAGAUAGAGGUCGACGAAAUCGUACUCAUCUACCCAGGCAGCGUACAGCAGACCGUUCCAGAAAUCCACGCCGAGUUCAUCGCGCGCAUUGGCCGCAGCAAAAAGAGAGCCACGAGGGAUGCCGUCAUCUCUACCGCCCUCCUCCCCGUAACGCUCGUGAUCGACACCAUCGCCGUCGUAUUCUGGCCCUUCGGAGGCCUCUUCGAGGUCGAUGCAGUGUGGGCCUACGCCUCCAUUAAAGCGUGGAACACCUCCCGCGUCAUAACCAAGCGCCUUGGUGUGCGCGAGUCCCGCUUCGGCCGAUUCGGAGGGACUGAGAGAGACCUGCGCUUACGGUUCCACGAGGAGGCCAAGGUGGAUGUGCUGAGGCGGUCCUUGGCUGAUGCGUGCCAUAGAGCUGAUCCACAGAUGUUUGAGAGCGCUGGGGUGCCGCCCACAGAGACGGAGGUUAUAAAGGCCAUCGGCUGGGUGCCGGUCAUGAGAGGGAAGACGGGAGGGGAGAGGGAGGAGGGCGAGACGGGCUGGGCGGACGAGGAGUGGCAGCGGGCUGCUUUUGGGAAGGAUUACAGGGCGUCUAUGGAUCGGGGGGCGAAGAGCUGGGUGAAGUGGUGUGAGAAGUUCGAAAAGAAUCCGGAGAAGAUGCUCAAGAAGUAG